AUGAGAUUGAAACAGUGUGAGGGGCGAAGGGAGGAAACCUCGGUGCUGUGGUCCUCCCUCCUGCUGCCUCAGUAUAAGACUGCAGUUCUGCUGAAGUCAGUCCACACAGACAGGAUGCACUCGACCUCCUCCUCAUGCCGCUCCACUGCCAGACCACAGGUGUUGUGCGUUCAGAUGUGUAUGUUCUACUGUGCCAUGUGCCUGGCCGGCUGGCCGCUUCCCUCAGGAGCAGCCAGACUCCGCUGCGGCUCUGAUCUCCUCAGUGACCUCAUAUUUGUGUGUGGGGAUCGUGGAAUCUAUUUAGGUAAAGGUACGUGGUCUGGUUAUGGUGCUCGGCCGAGAGGGAAGGGGAUAGUGGAUCAGUGUUGCCGGCCAGCCGGCUGUGAACUUCAGCAUCUGGAGAUGUAUUGUGCCAAACCAAAGAUCCAGCAGCACAUCACAGCUUACCCAGCCACAACAACAGCAGCACACACUACUACACAGCUGGAUGUGGCACAACAGUUCCAAGCAGUAUUUCACAAGAGACUUGUAGAGCACCUGGGAACUCCCAACAGUCCAAAGAGGGACGCAUCUAGAAGGAAAACACAGCCUUCAGGCCAACGGAAACGCAAAUCAUCAAACAGGAGGAUUAACAUAGUGAACACAUCCAGCAGGCCUCCUGCAGCCUCUGAGAGUCCCCUUCAAAGAAUGAUGAGAUUUGAGUCUUGA